UUUUAUCAUUUCACACACAAACACAAACACAAACUCUCUCUCUCUCUUGUGUCUUUCUCUCUCUUAAUCAUCAUCAUCAUCCUCAUAAUCGUCGUCUCCAUUCAACUCUGUCUGUUUCUCUCUGUGCAUUUAUCAUUUUUUCUCUUUCCUCCACAAGCUCACUCACCCUCCCCUUUUUGGACAGUACAGGGUUGCAGUGGACUUGAUGAUGUGGGUAGUGGUGAUUAUUCUCUUCUUCUUAUUCUGCUAAUAUCUCUCUCUCUCUCUCUUCUCUUUUGCUUCUUUACUGCUGGAAUUCUUCUUCUACAAAGUACAAGCGCGUAUAUAAAGAUUAAAUCUUUUGUAUUUUUUUUUACUUAUCCGGAAUAAAUAAAUCAAAUCUGAAGAGGGGAUGCAGCAGCACUAACUCAUAGGAGUUCUCUGUCUACCUCUUUUUUAUCUUUCUUUCUUUCUUUCCAGUUGUCUAAACCACCCCCGCUCUCUCUUCUCUCUUUUUUCUUUCCUUUUUUUAACAACCUAUUCAUCUUUCACCAAUCUUUCCCUUGCCCCCCACCACCCAUUUCUCAUCAACCAAACAGCACCCCACUCCCUCUCUCUCACAGAGAGGAGGGUGUGUAGAGCAAGAAAAACCCGAUUGGUGUCAGAUUCAAGAAUGAAGAGAAAGUUUGUUCAGCUCUGCCGCAAGUUAUACUUGAUUAGAAUCAGAAUUCUUCAUUGAAACAAAAAGAUGCAACGAGGAGGAGGAGGAGGAUCACAAUCCCUAUAUGGGUUGUCCACAUCAACGGCCGAGAUUGCUCCUCCUGCAAUUGCAAGUUCUGACACCCACUUGAUGCAACAGCCAGUAGAAGCUGCCUCACCCAUCAGCAGCAGACCACCUGCCGCCGCCAGUUUAGAUGAGCUUAUGGGAUUGGCAGCAUCAGCUGGGGCAGAUGAAGAUGCACCAGAAGGCGGUGGUGGAGGAGGAGGAGGUGGUGGUAGUGGUGGGGGCAAUAGGUGGCCCAGACAAGAAACAUUGGCGCUAAUCAAGAUUAGGACUGAAAUGGAUAGUGCCUUUCGUGAUGCCACCGUCAAAGGCCCUCUGUGGGAAGAUGUUUCCAGAAAACUAGCGGAGCUUGGAUACAGAAGAAGUGACAAAAAAUGCAAAGAGAAGUUCGAGAACGUACACAAAUACUACAAGCGAACAAAGGAAGGCCGAGCCGGUCGUCAAGAUGGCAAGAACUAUAAAUUCUUUGAACAGCUGGAAGCUCUCCAUAAAACCACCGCCUCCACCAGCACCCACGUGUCUGCCUCCCAAGCAAUACCUGCUACCGCCACCACGGCCACAGCAGAAGCCUCCGCUAGCCUUGAUGUCUCUCCUGUCUCUAUUGGAAUCCCAAUGCCGACGUCAUCAGUGAGAAUUACUCAACCACCGCCUACUACUUCUUCUGUCCGGAUGUCAUUGAAUGUGUUUCCUCAUAAUCUGAGUGCCGCUGCCAUGCCGUUACCGCCCACGUCGCUCAUUGGAUCUGCUGCUCCAGCGGUUACGACAGGUGGGGCCAAUAUUGGAAUUAGCUUUUCAUCGAGCAGUUCGUCUUCUUCUUCUCAGGGUACUGAAGAUGAUUAUGACGAGGACGAUGAUGAAACAGAAGGACAACCACUGUCGAACCCAGCUGGCAGCAGCCGAAAACGGAAGAGGCGGUCCGGUGGCAGCAGUGCGAGGAGGAUGAUGGAAUUCUUCGAGAAUCUAACGAAACAGGUGAUGCAGAAACAGGAGGCGAUGCAGAAAAGGUUUUUGGAGGUUAUUGAGAAGAGAGAGCAAGAUAGGAUGAUCAGAGAGGAAGCUUGGAAGAGGCAAGAAACGGCAAGAUUGAGCCGAGAACACGAACUGAUGGCACAAGAGAGAGCAAUCUCUGCUUCCAGGGACGCCGCCAUUGUGUCCUUUCUACAGAAACUUACUGGGCAGACCAUCCAGUUACCUCAACCUGUCACCAUCCCCGCAUUCACACCACCACCGCCGCCACCACAACCUGUGCCGUCAAUCCACGUGACCCCAUCAAUGCCACCGCGGCCACCACCAUCAGUACCCCAACAACCACAGCAACAAAGCAAUCAGCCCCAACAAAUUCAGCAGCAACAGCAACAUUCGCAAUCAGUUUCGUCAGAAGCAGUAAUGGCAAUACCAGAACAGCAAAUUCCACCACAAGAUGUUAGCGCAAGUGGGAGCUACGAACCGAUUUCGUCGAGAUGGCUAAAGGCGGAGAUACUUACACUAAUUAAUUUGAGAAGUGGGCUUGAGUCAAGGUACCAAGAGGCGGGUCCUAAAGGCCCACUUUGGGAAGAGAUUUCAGCAGGGAUGACGAGGUUGGGGUACCAGAGAAAUUCCAAGAGAUGCAAGGAAAAAUGGGAGAACAUCAACAAAUACUUCAAGAAAGUCAAGGAGAAUAAUAAGCAACGCCCGGAAGACUCCAAGACCUGCCCUUACUACCAUGAACUCGACGCACUUUAUAGGAGAAAGGUACUAAGCAGCACCAGCGGAGGUGGCGGUACGAGCACGGGUGGCACUGCAGAACAGUGGCAGCAGCAGGAGAGCACAAACAUGGAGCCUUCGCCAGCAACAUUGCCGAGCGAUGUUCCAGUAUUGACAGGAGCAGCACAAGCAGAACAAGCCUCGCAGGCAAGUAAUGUAGGCUUGCCAAGUAGCCUUUUUGAAGAAGGAAAUGGAGGAGGAGCAACAAAGGAGCCAGAAGACAUUAUGAAGGAGUUAAUGGAGAGGCAAGCAGGGUCAACGCAACAACAGCAGCAAUGGCAUCAGCAGCAGCGACAACAGUUAACGGUUGAUGACUACGACAAGAUGGAGGAAGGUGCGGAUAGUGAGAAUACUGAAGUGGAAGAUGAAGAUAUUGAAGAUGAUGAGGAUGAUGAAUUAGGAGAUGAGAGGAAGAUGGAUUACAAGAUAGAGUUUCAAAGGCAAAACACUGGUGGCGCCUCUAAUGGAGGAGGAAAUGGAGCAGCCACCUUCACGGCCAUGGUUCAAUAGAAGCAUCAAAUUAAUGGCAGCAGCAGCUCCAGAGUGCUGUACCAUAUGUACCUACACCUUUUCAGAAGCUCAAACAGGAUAAAGAAAAGGCAUAGCAACCUUAAAUUCUUCCUUUAUACUUCUCAUUUUCUUCUUUCUUUUUAUCAUCUGUCAAUGUUCUUCGUGGUCGUCCUCUUCUUUCUUUUCUUCUCUUGAUCAUCAGAUAAUUUUUUUCAAUUUAUUGAUUAAUUUGUUGGUGAAUAAAUUACCCUUUUCUAGGAAAAAUGGGAAGGAAUAUUGGUUUAAUAUCGUAGAGGGGAAUAAGCUUUAUUUGUAGCAGCAACAUCCUCAAUGAGAAAAAACAAGCCUGGAAACAUGGGGAGUCUGCUUGGAGCAAUAUUAUGUUAAAUUAUUUUCCAUUUUGUAAUCAUCAGUGCUUUCUUUAUUGUUUGUAAUUUAUCUUUGAUCACGUUGAUUCUGUAAUCUCUCCCUUUAAUUUCCACUUGGUUAUUAUUAUUUAAGAGAUGUAGAGUGAUAACUCAUUGGCUUUAAUUA